AUGUUGUAUGCUGGGAAGUUGGUGCUUGCACCUAUGGUUAGAGCAGGUGAAUUACCUACAAGAUUAUUAGCUUUACAUCAUGGUGCAGAUUUAGUUUGGUCACCUGAAAUCGUCGAUGUUAAAUUAAUACAGACAAAAAGAUUAAUUAAUGAAAAUUUAAAUACUGUAGAUUUCAUCACUUCCUCAAAUAAUAACUCGUCUUCUAAUACCGUGGUGUUUCGUACUUUGCCAAGCCAAGAAUCUGGGAAAUUGAUAUUUCAAAUAGGUUCAAAUGAUGCAGAUAAUGCCGUUCAAGCUGCUUUGAAAGUGGUUAAUGAUGUCGAUGGUAUUGAUUUGAAUUGCGGUUGUCCAAAACAUUUCUCAGUGCAUUCGGGUAUGGGUGCUGCAUUGCUAUCCACACCGGAUCUAUUAUGUAACAUCCUGGACAAUUUAGUAACAAAAGUUGGCAAACCCAAUAAGAAACCAAUUAGUUGUAAGAUUAGAAUUUUAGAUAGUUUGGAAAAUACCAUAGAGUUGGUGAAAAAGAUAUGUGAAACAGGGAUCACGAAUCUGACUGUGCAUUGUCGUACUAGAGAGAUGAGAAAUAGAGACGCUCCAAGAUGGGAAUAUUUAAAGGAUAUAGAAACGAUAUGUCGAGAGGCAGGUGUCUCAUUAAUAAUGAAUGGGAAAUUAAAGGAUAAAGCUCAUUUUAUUAACACGAGAAAAGCAUUGGGUUUACCAGAGACUGUCGGUGGGAUGAUUGCAGAUAACGCAGAGUCUAAUCCUUCGGUAUUUAAUGAUGCUCCAUUGAGUUGGCCUCAGGUGGUCCAUGAAUAUUACGAAAUUGCUACGAAAUUGCAGAACCAUUUUGGUAAUACGAAAUAUAUGUUGAGCAGAAUCAUCCCGGGGAAACAAAAAAUGUAUCAAUAUGUGACACGUUGUAAAAAUUAUGAUGAAUUGAAGUACCUAUUGUCACAAAUGGAUAAUGUGACAGGCGAAUGUAAGGAUCAAGAUCCUUUAAAACAUAUAGACAUAAUGCGAUCAGAACAAAAAAACGUUACAAAGAAAAGGUCAUUGGAAGUAGAUGCUGAAUCAAAUUCUAGUAAGAAGCAAAAAUAG